UGUCUGUCCUUGGUAUUUCUGAAAUUUUUGUUUGUUUGUUUGUUUUCGUUAUUUGAGAUAGAGCGAAGAAGCAUGUCGGAGACUGCGCCCGCCGCCCCGGCUGCUCCAGCCCCCGCGCCGGCUGAGAAGACUCCGGUCAAGAAAAAGGCCAAGAAGCCUGCCGGGUCCGGAGGCGCCCGGCGCAAGGCUGCGGGACCCCCAGUGUCCGAGCUGAUCACUAAGGCGGUGGAAGCCUCCAAAGAGCGCAGUGGAGUGUCUCUGGCUGCCCUUAAGAAGGCGCUGGCGGCCGCGGGCUACGAUGUGGAGAAGAACAACAGCCGCAUCAAGCUGGGGCUCAAGAGCUUGGUGAGCAAGGGCACUUUGGUGCAGACCAAAGGCACCGGUGCCUCUGGCUCUUUCAAGCUCAACAAGAAGGCCUCUGCUGGCGAGGGCAAAGCUAAGGGGAAGAAGACCGCUGCAGCCAAGGCCAAGAAGCCAGCUGGUGCUGCAGCCAAGAAGCCUAAGAAGGCGGCAGGGGCAGCAGCUGCCAAGAAAAGCGUUAAGAAGACGCCAAAGAAGCUCAAGAAGCCGGCUGCGGUGGGAGCCAAGAAGGCGACCAAGAGCCCAAAGAAGCCGAAGGCCGCUAAGCCGAAGAAAGUGGCCAAGAGUCCGGCUAAGGCCAAGCUGGUCAAGCCCAAGGGAGCUAAGCCUAAGGCAGCUAAGCCUAAGAAGGCAGCGCCAAAGAAAAAAUGAAGGGUGCUACGGAAAAA